AUGUCUCACUCGGAGAUCUCCAAGUAUCUCAAGCAGACGCACGACCGCGUGUUCGAGCACAACCGCGCCUGGGCGGAGGAGCAGAGGGAGAGGGACCCCGAGUUCUUCGACAAGCUAUCCUCGGGUCAGAACCCGGAGUACUUAUGGAUAGGAUGCAGCGAUUCGCGAAUCCCGGCUGAGCAGAUUACCGGCCUGGGCCCGGGAGAGGCCUUCGUCCACCGUAACAUCGCCAACCUGGUCGUCAACACCGACCUGAACGUCAUGAGCGUCAUCGACUACGCCGUCCGUCACCUGCAGGUCAAGCAUAUCGUGGUGUGCGGACACUACGGCUGCGGUGGUGUCAAAGCCGCCAUGACGCCCAAGGACCUGGGACUGCUCAACCCGUGGCUGAGGAACAUCCGCGACGUUUACCGCCUGCACGAGAAAGAGCUGGACGGGAUCAAGGACGAGAAGGAUCGCUACAAUCGCCUAGUAGAGAUAAGCGUCGUCGAGCAGUGCCGCAACGUCAUCAAGACGGCAGCCGUCCAGCAGUCUUACGCCAAGAAUCGCUUCCCCGUCGUCCACGGAUGGGUAUUCGGAUUUGAGGACGGAUUGCUCAAGGAUCUGAAGAUCGAUCACGAGGAGAUGCUACGCAGCAUCCAGAAGAUUUAUAACCUUACGGAGGAAUAG